GUGAACUAGUCUUUUCCGAAAACUUAUCGAAAGUGAUGCCAACUUAACGAUGUGUCACUGAAUUGUCAUAAUUUUAGUAAUGGAGACGUGUACAAAAUGAAUUUACUAUAAAUUAAAUAAUAUUUAGCAAACUGAUAUAAUUUUAACUAGUAUUCUUUAAUUAGGUAUUUAUUAUUUGAAUAAUUAAAAUGGAAGAGGAACUUUUAACCGGCGGAAGCAGUAAGGGUGUAAUUUCACAGGCGUGGACUAGAGUUUCGCAGAUACACCAAAGUACAUUGGACCGUUGGACGCCUCAUCACAAAGCAAGAUGGAUCGGCUCGGCAGUCUUGCUGCUUAUAUUUGGUCUGCGCGUGUUCACCAAACAGGGAUGGUACAUUGUCACAUACGCCUUGGGAAUAUACCACUUAAAUUUGUUUAUAGCAUUUUUAACGCCAAAAAUUGAUCCUGCCAUGGAUUUUGAUGCCGAAGAUAAUGGUCCUGAACUGCCAACCAGGGCGAACGAGGAGUUCAGGCCUUUCAUAAGGCGGUUGCCGGAGUUUAAGUUCUGGUAUUCAGUGACGAAGAGCACGCUUAUAGGUUUAGUGUGCACGUUCUUUGAAUGUUUUAACAUACCAGUAUUCUGGCCUAUUUUAGUCAUGUAUUUCAUUACUCUGUUCUGUAUCACAAUGAAGAGACAAAUAAGGCAUAUGAUUAAAUACAGAUAUUUACCAUUUACUCACAGCAAACCAAAAUACCAAGGACACGAGGAAACAGCAGCGAAAGUGUCUUCAAAAUGACAAGCAAUUACAUAACUGAAUAGUGUUGUAACCAAAAACAUUGAUACAAAAUUAAUAUGUUAAAUCAUAGAUUGUUUAUGUAAGUACUAUAAUUUAAUAUAUUAAUAUGGAU